UAUUAUCACCCUUCGUAAAAUUUAAGUAUUCAUUAAUAUGAAAUUUUGGUGACACUGUGACAGCUAACAGUCAUUUUCAAUAGUUUAGUUAAGACGACAUGGACCACUGUCAGCAAUUUCUAUGCAAGUGGCCAAUCAGCUGGUUAAUUUGCAAUCCCAUAACAAGAUAACUGAGCAAGGGCUGCGGUAAGAGUCAUCGAGGAAUUAUGAUGAAGAGUAGGAACUCCGCGGCAACCACUAGGCUUCUACUAUCUGGAGUUCAGCUCAUCUAGUAUUUAAACCAUCAAUUGGAACCAUUUAACCAUCGGAUAUUUCAACAAGUUAACAAUACAACGCUCCCGCAGAGACCCAUUCUGUCUUGCACCUACAAGCUUCACUGUUAACCCUCGGAGGAGACAUCACUAUUUUGUUUUUAAAAAUGUCAUCCGCCAAACACACCAUCAUCUCUCCCGCUAUCCUUUACUGGGGCACACCCGUGGUUUUGGUUACGUCGGAGAACGAAGACGGGACAAGCAAUAUCGCACCUAUAUCCUCUGCAUGGUGGCUUGGUCACUCGUGUUUGAUGGGGAUUGAUGCCGAAUCCAAGACCACCAGAAACAUCAUUCGUACGAACGAGUGUGUCCUCAACCUGCCGAGCGACUCCAUGGGAGACUAUGUCAAUAAGCUAGCUGAUACGACAGGGUCAAAUCCGGUUUCAGAUUCCAAGACCUCGAGGAAUUACAAAUUUGUCAAGGACAAGUGGACAAGAGCUGGGCUACACUCGCAGACUUCGGACUUUGUCACCCCACUACGAAUCGCCGAGUGCCCAGUACAGAUGGAGUGUCGGGUGGUUCAGAUCAACGACCUCUGGAAAGACCUGCCGGGCCGUAGCGGGCUGGCGCUGGCAAUUGAAGUUCGGGUGCUACGGAUCCACAUCUUACAGAACCUACAGAUGCCAGGAUAUCCGAAUAGAGUCGAUCCAGACAAAUGGCGGCCACUAAUCAUGGCAUUUCAGGAAUUCUAUGGCCUCAAAGAUGGAAAGGUGGCCCCAAGCGUGUUAAGUCGAAUAAGUGAAGAAAAGUACCGGCCGCUAACUGGGAGCGAUGUCACGGAAUUGCUUGAGGAUAAGUCAUAGUGAUGGGCUCCGCCCAUCAGGAUGCGUCUCCGGUUCUCUCCUUCUGUUCUCGUGGGUUGUGCCUUCGUUGUGAGAAGGCUUCGAGCCUUCUAGCUUUGGAGGAUCAGGCAUGUGAUAUCUAGCGUGUAUAUAUAUCCUAUAGCUUAGAGAAUAUUCUCAUCUUCUUUUCUUCUUAA